AUGGUGAUGAGCGAGAAUACAAUCCGCAGCAUCAUUGGAGUCAUAGGCAAUGUCAUCUCCUGUGGUCUGUUCCUCUCCCCUCUCCCCACAUUCGUGCAAAUAAUCAAGAAAGGGACGGUGGAGCAGUUCUCCCCCGUCCCCUACCUCGCGACAGCUCUCAACUGCAUGCUCUGGAUAUUCUACGGCCUCCCGUUCGUCCACCCCAACAGCCUCCUCGUCAUCACCAUCAACGGCAUCGGUCUCACAUUCGAGUCCGUCUACCUCACCAUCUUCUUAAUUUACUCCAACACCCAAGGCCGCUUGAAGGUGGUCAAGGUGUUGGCGGCCGAGAUAGCAUUCGUGGUGGUGGUGGUAGUGGUGGUGCUCCUGGUGGCACACACCUACGAGAGGAGGACGCUCAUCGUUGGGAUUCUCUGUAUCAUCUUCGGCACGUGCAUGUAUGCCGCUCCGCUUUCAGUCAUGGUAAGGCCACACUUUCCCCGACUCAGAUCAAUUCGAAAGCUUAGGCUGUGGUGA